AAGCAUUGUGUGACGUGACCGGGGUUUCUUAUAGAAUAAUAAUAGUCUGUCACGGAUGCAUCGAUUGCGUCUCAUGUUCUUUUUUUGCCUGCCUCUGGCCUGCCUCCUAGACCGGGCGUCGUGCAAAGGCAGAGCCGCAAAAUGAAUGGGGUCCGGUUCGGUUCGGUGGGUUGAGAACCGUUCGUUCGUGGAGGGACGAACCGGCGAAAAUCUUAUGAUGGGUGCACUUUACCACACCACACCACACCACACCACUACAGUACGAGGCGCGAGGGAAGCCUGGAUUUCUGGUCGCCUUUUUUUACUUCUCUCGCCCCCUUCCGGUGCGAAAGAACUCUUCAGUCCAUUUUCUCACAUAAAAUCGCUACAUGCAUACAAUAAACCCCGGACCGACGCGCGUUGUCAUCUUGAUGGGGUAUAUUCGGUAACUAGUAGAAAGGACGAGGUUGGCGAUCAGGCUCUCGGGGCUUGUUGCUAUCUAUGGAUAGAGUAUGUAGGUUGGUUGAUAGAGCCUCGUGCGUGCCCCGCGAUUGUGUGCGCUUGUGUGUGCGCGCGUCGUGCGGGGUCAUUCCCGUCCGUCUCACGGUUCCACCUCUCUCUGCAUUUGGCAGAUGGAACGGCAGGACGACGGCCAAGGAAAAGAGCUGUUCUCCCUCGAUAUAUUGCCUGUUCGUCUGCCUUGCAGGAUCUUGACUGGGCCUUUGCCAUAAAUAAAUGCAAAGCACCUAUUUAUUUGGUAGUGAGGUGCAAAGUAGGUUUGUGGGAUGGAAAACAGCCCCCAAAUAGACGCCAGUUUCAUCUCCCCCUUUUACCGAGUACAAUACGGACAGUGCAGCUUUCGUCUUUCUUGCGCCUGAGGAGCUUUGGCCUGGCCGAACGAACGGUGCGAGAGUCAUGGCCGAGCCGUAAUGCAUGGCAGACAGGGUUAUGCGAUUUCUAGGCAGCCGCGCCCCACCCGCCCACCUCGAAUCGAAUUUCGAUUUCAUCCUGUGCGGGUUAGCUUUUGCCCACUGGUUUGCGCGCGCACAACAUGGCCGAUAUGACGUAAGUUACGGUGUGUCACGUUGUACCGCGCCCUUCACCGAACACGGCCGUCAUUUGCGCGGUCCAAAGAGCAUAAAGAUACGCGCGAGUAUCCCUGUGCGGCGCCUUGGUGAUACGGCACAUCCGUCUGCAUCGUGAAG